UAUAUAUGUAUUUACACACGUUGCCAGGCAACUUACCGCGUACAUGGUUGAGCGGGGUUAUGAUUGUCGCCUGUGUUUGAUUUUGGCGGGGAUGUGCACGUGAAAAGUAUGAUACAUGUAUAUGUACUAUAGGUGUGUAAAAUAAUCAUUCGAGGAUUUGCUUUUCGGCUGUUCAGACGAGUUUUAUCUAAACUUUUCAUUUAAAUUCAAGAAUGAACUCGGACAGUUUAUAUGAGAUAAAAUCGUAUUUUGAUGCUAAGUUUGCAGAUUUUAAGAAAGAGAUAUGCAAAAGAAGUGUUGCCAAAACUCACAAAUCCAUUGUUUUGAAAAACAAAGGGAAUCAGAUUCAGUUGGAUCAUAACUGUGAGCUGUUGGAUUUCAUUGUUCAAAUUAGCGGACUGAUUGAGUCAGGGGAACACAGUGAGGCGCUUGAGUUGUGUAAAACUGCUAAGGAAAAGAUUGAACGUCGCAAUAAACUGAUAAAACUGGCAGACAAGUCACCUAGUGGUUGGUUGACUGUACACGAAUAUGAGCAAGACGAUUUAGCCAGCGAUGAUGAGGAUUCAAAGAGAAUUAAAAAGGCUGAGAAAGCAGCUGCGUCCAUUAUCAAACAGCGCAGUGAAGCAAAGAAAGCGAACAGAAGGUUCAUAAAUGGUAAGUAUAGUUUAGUCAGUUUAGUCUGCAAAACAAAUAAACAAGUGAUAGAGUGGAAAAACUAUGUUAAGGAUGUCUUAGAAUUUUGUGACAGAAAAAUAUAUGUUCAUGGUAAAAACAAAAGAUCUCUUUUUGGUUCUAGAAAGUUUAAGGGAUUUGUUUUGGCAGUUAAACGUGAUUCCAGAUCAUUAAAAUAAUUAUCACGUUGAAUUUGUAAUCAAGUAUUACCGGAAGGACUAUUUAGUUUCAUUGGUAGACGGUCGGAAGGACCAAAGUCUGGCCGGAAGGGCCUAAGUUUGGCCGGAAGGGCCUAAGUAUGGCCGGAAGGGCCCAAGUAUGACCGGAAGGGUCAGGAUAAUGCUUAUGUGCAAAAAAAACAAAACAAAAAAAAAAAAAAAAAAACCUAUUUCUGCAGAAAUGAUUGGAGAUAUGUUUUUAUUACAUGACAAAGAUAAUUGUUCUUUAUAUCAUUUAAGAUCAGUUUCAAUUGUAAUCAUAGGGUUUUCAGGAUUUUUGAUGAUCGGAGAACUGUUAAAUUUAAGAUGUACCGAUGUUACAUUCAAUGAUGAUUACUUAAGUUUGUACAUACGGUCUAGUAAAACUGAUCAGUUAAGUCGUGGUUCUUCAGUUGUUAUUUUAAAAUGAACUGUUGUUACAUGUCCAUAUACAACAUAACAAUUUUACUUUUCAAAUGCUGAUUUAUCAAAUGAUAGUGAAGAGCAUGUUUUUCGGUCUUUACCUUUAUGUAAGAAAACUAACUCUUUUAAAUUAAAGAAAGGAGGUUGCUUAUCUUAUACUCGAGUUAGGGAACUGUUACGUGAGAUGCUUGUCGAAGUAGGCUUAAAUUCUCAGCGUUUCUAAAAAUCUAGGAUUGUAAUUCAGUUUCGUUUCUGUUAAUAGCGUUAUUUGUCCCGUACUUUAAAAUUCGACGCUGGAACAAUCGCUCUUAGCCAAUUGCAUAUAAAUUGUUUAUUUGUUUUGUUGUAGUGUAGUAUAUGUAAGUUGAAGGGCUUAAGCUUGUAAAUGAUUUAUGCUCGGUUGAAAGAAUUGAAUUAGAGCAUAAAUGUAUUUACACACGUUGCCAGGCAACUUACCGCGUACAUGGUUGAGCGGGGUUAUGAUUGUCGCCUGUGUUUGAUUUUGGCGGGGAUGUGCACGUGAAAAGUAUGAUACAUGUAUAUGUACUAUAGGUGUGUAAAAUAAUCAUUCGAGGAUUUGAUUUUCGGCUGUUCAGACGAGUUUUAUCUAAACUUUACAUUAUUUAGAAAAUUGCGGUAGUUUAUGUAGAUUAUAAUGUUGUAAAAUACACGUUUUUUUCAAUCAUUGUGUAUAAAUAUAGUAUUUAAAAAUCAAUGCAUAUAUAAACAAUCUUGUUUUUCUAGUUUCAGAUUCUGAUGUAUGAUAUGCCAGGAAUGCUUGUUUAAAAAAAAAAUAGAUGUUUCGGGGGACGAGAAGACGUCCAUGCUGGUCUUGAGCCACAGGAUCUUCCCACCUCCCCCUCCUAAAAAAUAAGUAAAAGGAGUUAGGGUUGGGUGGCCUGCUCGCAGCAUCCCGAUUUAAGAGUUCAUGAAUAUAUUAUUUGAUUGUAUUUUUGUAUGUGUAUACUUUAUUGUAAAUUCAAACAUUGAAUAAAGGAGUGAUUAUUAUUUAAAUUUAAGAGGCAUUUUUCUUGUAAAUUUUUCUCGUUUUUGUUUUUGUAGAACAAUUAAAGUAACAGGAUCAUUUUAUCAAAUUACUAAUUA